UCCUAGCCUCCUAGGACUCGCGCGUUUUUUUUUUUGGAGUUCCGCUGGCCGACGAUCUGAUGGGGGAUCGUGGUCGGGAUCUUGGUCAUGCUGUUGGGAUUGAUGAUCACAAGACGGGGGCUGGAGCCUGCGAUCUGAUUCAUGAGAAGAUGAGCGUGCGGGGGACCAUUACGACCAGUGUGACAAUGUCGGGCUUAUCUCUGCUAGUCAUCCUUGUGGCGGCCAUGUGUGCCGUCUGUGCGACAGUAGAUGCUGCGUCGCCUAGCACAGCUGCAGUAGGGCGUUUCCACUCUUCUUCCUCCUCCUCCUCCUCCCCCACCUCCUCCUCUUCUGCCAUCAGCAAUCGGGGUUCACAGCUCGACUCUCCUCCCGUCGGGACGACGCAACCAGUCGCAAUCGGAGCUCUGGAGACCAUGCCGAUCCCGACAGCCACCACUCGUUCGCAUCUCCAGCGGGGUUCCUUGGCCACUACUCAUCCCGAUCCCGAUAGCCACCACCGGGACGUGCGGUCUGGCGGGAUAUGGCCCGGGGAAGCAAUCGUCGCCGCCGGCGGCCGUCACCUGCGCCAAUCUUCUUCUCGUCCCAGCCCUUCUACUCCCUCCUCGUCAGGUCUCCCCUCUCCUCACACCUCCUCCGCCUCCUCCUCCUCCUCCCCUCGCCCUCGCCCUCGCCCUCGUCCUCCUCCUCCUCCUCCUCCUCGUUCGAAUGCUAACCCGUUAUUGCCUUCUAUCGGCCUGAGCUCUUCUUCCCCUCUGCCUCCUUCCCCCCCCUCGGACGCCUCUUCCUCAUCCCCGCCGCCGCCGUCGUCGGGAUCCGUCUCUUUGCUACCUUCUCAAUCCUCCUCCUCCUCCUCCUCCUCCUCCCCCCCCCCCCCCCCCUUUUCUAACCCCCCCUCCUCCCCCUCCUCCCCCUCCUCCCCCUCCUUUCCCUCCUCCCCCCCUCCUCUCUCGUCCUCAGCGAUGAGCGAGCCGUCCUCCCCCCAGAUGACAAACGCAAACCCGGCGUCUUCUUCCGCCCCCGCUAGCGCUAACGUCGUCGCGAUCUCGACCGACGACCCGCGGCCGCACCAAGGCAGCCUGGUCUCUCCUGAUGACGUGGCCUUCUUCUCUCUCCUAACCAAUGCCUCCUCUCUCUUCGCUUCCCCAGAGUCCUCCACCCCUCUAGACCGCCGCCGGCCCCAAUUACUCAUCUCCAUCACGGUCAAUGAUGGGAGGUGUGGGUUGUACGUGCUCGGGCCGCCUGGAUCGCACAGCGCCGUCGGCAAUUUCGUUGCCCCCCAACCAGGUGUGGCCACGUGGGAGCUCUCUACCUCCACGCUUGGGAACAUCGUCAUUUCCGAGGACGAUCUGCUUCGAGAUUCCCUUGCCGUCGACAGAUCGAGCCUCUCAGCAACCUAUACGAUUUCCGUUGUUGCAGAUCAUUCUGCCUCUUGUGAUUUCGUUCUAGAGGCUAAGUACUAUGAUAACCAGGCAAGGAUGACGGAUAGCGAAAAGAGGGCCAUAGAUAACAUGCUGGCAACCUGUUGUUCUCUGAUGGAGCCGACGACCGGUCGCAGGAGAAGAGGUGCAUGUGAGACGUACCGGCGACACAGGAAAACGCCGAGCACUGUCUCUCAAGCAGAGGCGUGUAAGGCGGUGCUUCAUUGGUGCGACGAGCCGUGCUGGUCCAGCGGCAUCCUGUGCGACACAAAUGGAAGUCUUAUCGACCUGACACUGGAGGAUGAGAAAUUGAAUUGUGUUUUCUCAGAUAUUCCUCUUUCUGCCCUUCCUAGUCUGAGAAGUGUCCAGGUUUUGUCCUCCAAUCUUAUGGGAGAAGUCAACUGGAUGAACGUAUGGCGGCAUCCUAGUCUAGUGAGAUUGGAUCUGUCACGGAAUAAGUUAGUAGGGGGUAUUUCGUGCCCCCCGAACAUGACAGUGGGUUCUAUGCCAAAGCUAAAGGAGCUUGUUCUUGCCAGCAACCAGUUUACUGGUUCAUUUUCCGAAUGUUUGCUACACCAAAAUCUGACUGAUAUCCUGGUUCCGAAUAACAAAUUGGAAGGCAAUUUUCCAGCUAAGGUUCCUAGGCAGUCGGUGUUACAAAGGCUUGUUCUCUCAUCUAAUGGACUGCAAAACUAUUUAUCUCUAGAGAUCGGAAGUCUGGAAAGUUUGAGCGUCCUCAAGGUCGACAGCAAUUAUUUUAUGCAUAGCUUGCCGCACUCACUGUUCAUACCAUCUUUGACAAUUCUUGAUGUGUCGCGGAACCGCUUCAGUGGAGGCAUUCCCAUGAGUGUCGCUAACGCCACCAAGCUCCGUGUUCUGGAUUUGACUGCAAACGUUGACUUGAAUCAUCAUUUGGUCAUCGAUGACAUGUCCACAGAGCUCGAGGAGCUGAGAAUCGCGUAUACAAAGAUGGGCGGAUACAUGCCACAGGACUGGGCAAGCAAAAUGAAGCUGAAGGUUUUUGAUGCGCAGGGCGCUUUCUUAGACGGUCGGAUACCAGAGUCGUUCAUCAGGCUUCCGGAGUUAAUGGUGGUUGAUUUACGGGCGAAUAGACUUUCUGGAGAGCUUCCACCACUCAAUUAUAAUGACACAAGCAAGAUAAUGCAGUUUCAGGUUGCUGGCAAUCCACUGGUGGGCCCAAUUCCGCAAACGUAUUCCCGGUUCCUGGCAUUCCAAGCAAGUACCAGCAUUGGAAUCCCGGGCAUCUUCAAUGUGAGCGGUACUAAUCUCUCAGGCGAGGCUCCACAGUUUUUGUGGCCCGGAUAUGUCCCGAACACUACAGAGGUAUCGUUGGGGCCGUCAAGGCUCACAUGUCCAUCGAACGGACCGGACCUCCAGGAGUUUGGCUUAGAUUGCGCAGCGCAGGCAUCUUUCGUUAAUGACGCUGACAAUGGGAGAUUGCGGACGCCGAGGAGCCAGUUAUCGCCGGGAGCAAUUGCCGGGAUCUCAAUUGCUGUGAUUUUUGUCGUGACUGCGGUCGCGGUCGCAGUGCUGGUUAAUGUACGGAAGCUCCACCGUCCACGGAUUCCAUUCAAUCGGCUCUAUGGCACUGUAUAGAGAAAGAAUGCGUGAAGUGGCAAUCACCAGAAGGAGUAUGCAUGGUUUCUGGUCCGACUACGGGGCCGGUGAUGGAAAAUUUCUUGGAGAGCAAAGCUUGCUGGAACGGUCUAUGUGCGGGGCAAAGACGCU